UUCCACUCACAUGUGGCACUUGAUAACUAACAACCUUACGACGACUCAACCUUUAUAUUCACAAGAUAUAUUCACAAGACAUUUUCAACUUAGAUAAACAGCACAAGGGACCAUUCGGAUUUAUUGAUGGUCCAAGAAUGAAUCAUUCAGACUAAACACGCAAUUUAUUAAUUGAAUAUUGAAUAGUUACAUACCUGUUAUAUCAAAUCUCACCUGGUACUACGCUUGGCCGCUGUGCCUACCAAUCCACCAAAGCAUUCGCCACGCUUCUCUCUUUACGACCUCGAACUUUCAAUAGUCAAGAUGUCGGAAAGUGUAUUCUUCCAAGGCAGCCUGCAAGAUGGCAUCUCACUCGCCAUCCAACAGUCUAAGAUGGUGCUCGCAUUUGUCACCGACAGUGGAGACGAGAGUCAGCUUUGGGAGAACGAGCUUCUCGAAAAUGAUUCCCUAAAAUCACCACUCAAAAAUCAAGCUGUGGCCUUGCGACUACAGGCGGGGUCUGAAGAGGCAGGAUUUCUAGAAGCACUAUUUCCUAUACCGAAGAAGCCCACAGUAGUCAUCAUUCAAAACGGGACCCUAAAAGAGUAUAUUCAAGGUGGCACGGCGAAGGAGGAUCUUGUUCGCAGGAUUGAGGCGAUUCUCAGCACUGCGUCAGCAACUCCAGCCCAACAAACAGCGGCUGCCCCUGCAAGGCAAGCGUCAAGUCAGCCAGCUCCGGCCGCUCAAGCCCCAGCAUCCACCAGAAGUAACGUAUUAGACGACCUUUAUGAUGACUAUGAAAUCCCAGCCAGGCCCUCUCCUGCACCAGCAGAACCUUCUCGGGAGGGGCAGAGUUCACAAGAAGCGAAGCGCCUAGAAGCCGAGAGGAAAGCGAAGGAGGCUAAGGAAGCUAAAGCUAAGGAAGCCAAGGCCAAGGCAGAACGAGAAGCUCAGGCAAACGAGCGCCGCAGAGCUAGCGAGAGUAACGAGGGCCAAUCCUCUACCGCUAACACACCUGAUCGGUCUUACGCAGAAGAAGUCAGGCAGCAAAAGAUCCGAGCAGCUGAAGACAGAAAACGCAUUCUAAAGCGCAUCGAAGAUGACAAACGGGAGCGCAGGGAGCGCGAGGCCAAGGAAAGACAGGCAAGGCUACUGCUAAACGCGACAAACGAUACCGAAGCCUCUAGCAGCCAGACCCCGCCUAUUCCCCUUGCCCGAAGACAAGCCAGCGCCUCGAGAGGAGACCACUGCAACUUACAAGUUCGACUUUUCGACGGCUCGACAAUCCGAUCGCGCUUCAAGAGCGACGCUACCCUUAGUAACGAAGUGCGCAAGUGGAUUGACGAAGACCGGACUGACGGCGACGCGCCGUACACCUUCCGAAUCGUCCUGACGCCGCUUCCCAACAAGGCCGUCCAGCCCGCCGAGGAAACAGAGUCGCUACUAUCCCUCGGCCUAGCCCCUUCUGCCACUCUCGUCCUAGUCCACGCCAAGUACUCCUCCGCGUUCGCGCGCGCCUCCGACAGCCUCGUCUGGCGCAGCCUAGCGUAUAUCCUAGGCUUCUUCGGUUCUGGAUACGGAUUCGUGGUUGGAAUGCUAGGCGGACUCGCCGGCCUUCUAAGCAGUCGCGGGGCUGCGGCGUCUGAGGAAGUCCCGCUGCAGAAUCUAGCUGCGGGUAGGACCGCCUCGCGGAUCAGGGGGUUUGAUAGUGAUGAGAGCAGGCGUAGGGAUGCGCAGUUGUAUAAUGGGAAUUCGUUGAAUUUCGAACCGCGGAGAGAUGAAGAUGACGAGGAUGUGGACUGAAAUUGUACUUCGAGGAGAGAUGUCGAUUCGUGGUACUAGCUCUUGCCAUAACUUCCCUUGUAAUUGUAGGAUGUUAUGUCGAUGUACUACACUGCUCAGAUAUAAGAUAGUUUCAAUAACUAAUAGCUUACUGCUACAUAUCUUCUCAAGUAUAAGCCCGUUAACGAGUAAUCGUUUUUAUACCGCGGCGGCACUCCCCUUCCCUGGUCUAUCUCACUUCAUCUCUGCCGAGCUUUCUACACGUCACCUCUAGUUCCGCCACUGGGCCGAAGUGUGAUCCCGUGGGAUGGCGGGAUAAUAGACGGUAGGAAGAAAUAUUAAAAUUUAAGGGUAUAUAGGUAAUCGUCGGCUCUAUUAUAUGUACGUCAGGGGCCGGAUAUACGAUUACCUACACCUCGUCCUGGUUAUCUUAGUAAAUCCAGA